GCGACACAACCCAGGGUUAUUCGUCUAGUCUUGUUACAGUGAGCUUUUUGUAGACUGUAGUGUUUGGUUUCUCAUUUCUCACAUAAUUCUCGUUUUCAUCGCCAAAAAGAAAAACCCCAAGAAAAAAUGGCUCGUAAAUUCUUCGUCGACGGCAACUGGAAAUGCAAUGGGACAACUGAGGAGGUUAAAAAGAUUGUUACAACAUUGAAUGAAGCUGAAGUUCCUUCUGAGGAUGUCGUUGAGGUUGUUGUGAGCCCUCCAUUUGUGUUUCUUAACUUUGUGAAAAGUCUCUUGCGGUCUGAUUUCCAUGUUGCUGCUCAGAAUUGUUGGGUUCGUAAAGGCGGUGCUUUUACUGGAGAAAUUAGUGCUGAGAUGCUUGUUAAUUUGAGCAUUCCAUGGGUUAUUAUUGGUCACUCUGAAAGAAGGGCUCUUUUGAAUGAGUCCAAUGAGUUUGUUGGAGACAAAGUAGUGUAUGCACUUUCUCAAGGCUUGAAAGUGAUUGCAUGUAUCGGAGAGACUCUUGAAGAGAGAGAAUCUGGCUCUACCAUGGCUGUUGUUGCUGCACAAACCAAAGCAAUUGCUGAUAAAGUAACAAACUGGGACAAUGUUGUUUUGGCUUAUGAACCUGUUUGGGCCAUUGGUACCGGGAAAGUUGCAACCCCUGCUCAGGCUCAGGAUGUUGAAUGCGAGUUGAGGAAAUGGCUUCGUGAGAAUGUUAGUGGCGACAUUGCUGAAUCGACUAGAAUUAUAUAUGGAGGUUCCGUAAAUGGAGCCAACUGCAAGGAAUUAACUGAUCAACCGAUGUUGAUGGUUUUUUGGUCGGUGGAGCUUCGCUGAAGCCUGAGUUUGUCGAUAUCAUCAAGUCUGCAACGGAGAAAAAGAAUUAGAAGCUCAGAGACAGGAAUUAAAGGUAUAACAGAAACAAACUUCUGGGAAACUUAAUGUAGUUUUGAUCUUUCCUAGAACCUAAUGUCUAUCAGAAAUUUCUGAGUGUAAUAAGCGAAAUUUAACAAUGUGAUUUUUGUGGGGGGUUUUGAGGCAUAAAUCCUCAUUUUGGACUUUCACUGAACUCAUCUCCCAUUUUCAUAGUAUUCUUGUCAUCUUUAUAU